AUGUCAGCAGAUGGGACUCCAGGGUCCUGUAGCCAGACGUUCUCUCCCAUGGACCAGGGGUAUACCGCCCAUCAUGCUGCCUCUACAGAGCAGACCAAUGCUCAGAACGAGGUCAACUUUCCGUGGAAUUCGUUCGUGCAGUCAAUGUCAGUGUGCUAUGGGAGCAACCCGUCCCUGUGGCCAGCCAUUGGUAUCGCAGAGAUGCUGGCUAUCGCAAAUGGCAAUGACUUCCCAAGGUUGAACUGGCUGGCGGCUCUCGAAACCGAAAUACCUCCACUACAUGUCCCCCAUGGAAGUCCCGAGAUGCGCUCCAAUUUUCAGCAAUCAGCGCAAGAAAAUAGUUCUCUCCCUACCCCAGCUGUCGACAUGAACACUCCAAAUGUCGGGUUCUUUUUCCUCAUUGUGUCUUGUUUCCAGAGUUGA